AUGGGGCGGGGCUACUAAGGCGUCGGAGCCCAGUGAACGGAAGUGGCUGUUGGAGACCUUAAGGUGGCUCUAAGUUUUUGCUGUCUGGGGAGCCCAGCCUCUUUGACUGGAGUCGGGCUUAGCGGCGCUGGAUGGCUUUGGACGUGAAGUCUCGGGCAAAGCGUUAUGAGAAACUGGACUUCCUCGGGGAGGGACAGUUUGCCACGGUUUACAAGGCCAGAGAUAAGAACACCAACCAAAUCGUCGCCAUUAAGAAAAUCAAACUUGGACACAGAUCAGAAGCUAAAGAUGGUAUAAAUAGAACGGCCUUAAGAGAGAUAAAAUUAUUACAGGAGCUAAGUCAUCCAAAUAUAAUUGGUCUCCUUGAUGCUUUUGGACAUAAAUCUAAUAUUAGCCUGGUCUUUGAUUUUAUGGAAACUGAUCUAGAGGUUAUAAUAAAGGAUAAUAGUCUUGUGUUGACACCAUCACACAUCAAAGCCUACAUGUUGAUGACUCUUCAAGGGUUAGAAUAUUUACAUCAACAUUGGAUCCUACAUAGGGAUCUGAAACCAAACAACUUGCUGCUAGAUGAAAAUGGAGUUUUAAAACUGGCAGAUUUUGGCUUGGCCAAAUCAUUUGGGAGCCCCAAUAGAGCUUAUACACAUCAGGUUGUAACCAGGUGGUAUCGGGCUCCUGAGUUACUAUUUGGAGCUAGAAUGUAUGGUGUAGGUGUAGACAUGUGGGCUGUUGGCUGUAUAUUAGCGGAGUUGCUUCUAAGGGUUCCUUUUUUGCCAGGAGAUUCAGAUCUCGAUCAGCUAACAAGAAUAUUUGAAACUUUGGGCACACCAACUGAGGAACAGUGGCCUGACAUGUGCAGUCUUCCAGAUUAUGUGACAUUUAAGAGUUUCCCUGGAAUCCCAUUGCAACACAUCUUCAUUGCAGCAGGAGAUGACUUGCUAGAUCUCAUACAAGGCUUCUUCUUAUUCAAUCCGUGUACUCGAAUUACAGCCACACAGGCAUUGAAAACUAAGUAUUUCAGUAAUCGGCCAGGGCCAACACCUGGAUGUCAACUGCCAAGACCAAAUUGUCCCGUGGAAACCUUAAAGGAGCAGUCACAUCCAGCUAUGGCAACAAAACGGAAAAGAACGGAGGCCUUGGAACAAGGAGGAUUGCCCAAGAAGCUAAUUUUUUAGUAAAAAAGAACACUGGAAAAUAUUUUACUACUGAAGAAAAUAGUACAAAAGGCAAAUAAUGGAAAAAUAAUAAACAUUAAGUAAAUGCUGUAAAAGGUAUUUGUAAAUAUUCUACACAUGUAAAAUAUGUAAAACUGUGGUUAUUUUUAUUAAAUGUAUUUUAAAAUAAAAUUUAAUUCUG